UUUUGUACCAUAUUUUUCAAUGCAGUUGCGUGUGGUUGCUCUAAAAAAAUUGUAUCUGGCCACAUGAAGGAAACACUGAGAUACCUAGCAGGUCUUGCAGGCCCAAGUGGUUAUGGAUCAAGAACAACAGCUGAGCAAGUUGCUGAAGAUUGUUCUUGCUUAAUCUCUUCUCAAAAUCUUACUGCAAUUGUCACUGGCGCGACGUCAGGGAUUGGGGCUGAAACAGCAAGAGUACUAGCAAAGAGAGGUGUGAGGAUCGUAAUUCCGGCGAGGGACCUAAAGAAGGCUGCUCAGGUAAAGGAGGCUAUACAGAAGGAGAGUCCACAGGCUCAGAUUUUGUUGCUGGAGAUUGAUCUAAGCUCAUUUGCUUCUAUCAAGAGAUUUUGUUCUGACUUCUUAUCUCUAGGACUGCCCCUUAAUAUCCUCAUAAACAAUGCUGGGAAAUUCUCACAAAAGAUGGAGUUCUCUGAGGAAAAAAUUGAGAUGACUUUUGCUACUAAUUACUUAGGUCCUUUUCUACUAACAGAAAUGCUGUUGGAGAAAAUGGUGGAGACCGCGGCGAAAACCGGCAUUGAAGGAAGAAUAAUCAAUGUUUCUUCUGUAAUCCACAGCUGGGUGAAAAGAGAUGGUUUCUGUUUCAACCAAAUGCUCAACCCAAAGAAUUAUAAUGGCACUCACGCAUAUGCACAAUCAAAAUUGGCUAACAUAUUGCAUGUCAAGGAACUGGCAAGACAGCUCAAGGCAAGAAAUGCAAGAGUAAUUAUCAAUGCAGUGCACCCUGGAGUUGUGAAGACUGGUAUUAUCAGAGAUCACAAAGGCCUUAUCACAGAUUCUCUGUUUUUCAUUGCAUCCAAGUUGCUGAAAUCAACAUCACAGGGUGCAUCAACCACAUGCUAUGUGGGUCUAAGCCCAGAAAUAGAAGGAAUGAGUGGGAAGUACUUUGCAGACUGUAAUGAAAGUCACUGCUCAGCCCUAGCAAAUGAUGAAUCUGAAGCACAAAAGCUUUGGAGGCAGACUCGUGCUUUGGUCUGCAGAAGAUUACAUCAACCUGUAAUUCACAAUGUUUGUUCUAUAUAGUUGUAGUGUAGUCAUGUGUAUAUAAUAUAUACAUAUAUAUAUAAUUAUUAUUUAUAUGUUUAAUUACAAAUUAAUAUCCACUUGUGACCAGAAUAAUCUAGUACUAGUCCUAGCAGAUUGCUGCAACCACUUGACAAUAAAGAGACCAUAAUUAGCAAAACAUCCCCUCUUGCCUUUUCAUUUUAACAAAUUUAACCAUUGAUAAUGUA